CCUUGGCCUCCCAAAGUGCUGGGAUUACAGGCGUGAGCCACCACUCCUGGCUCAGCUAGCUUUUCAAAGGACAGGGAUAGGACAGCUCCCUGCCCUCUUUUGGAUAUUUGGAUCUGUAACCUCCAGAAAUUCAAGCUGAAGUAGUUGGAGGUGGGAGAGGAAUGAGUAAUGCCUCCCUUUGACAACUGCCUGGGUUGGGUCUGCCAGCCAGAAACUGCCAGGAUAGCAGCAAGGAGACAUAGAGGAAAGAGCAGACAGCAACCAUGUUGGACUCAGGCAGUCAUGGGUUUGAAUCCUAUCUCUGUCACCACCUAGCCUGAUGACAUUGGGCACAUUAUCCUGAGCACCCUGUGCCUUAUCUGUAAAAUGGAAACAAUUAUGCCGACUUUUCAGGGUGGUUUUAAGGAUUAGAGACUAGCUCCUGACACAGUAGGUAAUCGUAAAUUGGUACUAUUAUGUGGCCCAACCCCUCGUUAUGGGACAGAACGUCUAACGGAUGGGUCAGAACCUGCGCCCUCCGGAUCUUAGAGGAUACAGAGGGCUCCCGCGGCCUCCUCCCUCACGGAGGUGGGGACAAGGUGGAGGAAGGGCUGCAGGAGGAGGAGCUCAAGCAUCACGACCCGCCCUGUCCCGUCCAGUCUGGCCUGGGCGCCGCGGGAACGCUGUCCUAGCCGCCGCCACCCAAACAGCCUGUCCUGGUGCCCCGGCUCCCUGCCCGGAGCCCAGUCAUGACCCUGCGCCCGUCACUCCUCCCUCUCCAUAUGCUGCUGCUGCUGCUGCUCAGUGCGGCGGUGUGCGGGACUGAGACUGGGUUCGAAACCGAAAGCCCCGUCCGGACCCUCCAAGUGGAGACCCUGGUCGAGCCCCCCGAACCAUGUGCGGAGCCAGCUGCUUUUGGAGACACGCUUCACAUACACUACACGGGCAGCUUGGUAGAUGGACGUAUUAUUGACACCUCCCUGACCAGAGACCCUCUGGUUAUAGAACUUGGCCAAAAGCAGGUGAUUCCAGGUCUGGAGCAGAGUCUUCUAGACAUGUGUGUGGGGUCUAGGUCAGUGGGACCCAAGGGCAUCCAAAGCCUCUGUGCCUCUUGCACUGUUGCUUUUGUUGGAGGAGCUGAGAGAGAAGCGAAGGGCAAUCAUUCCUUCUCACUUGGCCUAUGGAAAACGGGGAUUUCCACCAUCUGUCCCAGAUUCAAGCCUUGGACAAAAUGCAUUGAGAGUCUAACCCUCUCCAUCCCUCUGCCUCUCCAGCGGAUGCAGUGGUGCAGUAUGACGUGGAGCUGAUAGCAUUGAUCCGAGCCAACUACUGGCUAAAGCUGGUGAAGGGCAUUUUGCCUCUAGUAGGGAUGGCCAUGGUGCCAGCCCUCCUGGGCCUCAUUGGGUAUCACCUAUACAGAAAGGCCAACAGACCAAAAGUCUCCAAAAAGAAGCUCAAGGAAGAGAAACGAAACAAGAGCAAAAAGAAAUAAUAAAUAAUACAUUUUAAAAAAA